AUUCUUCAUCCAAAAUAAUUCUCUAAAUCUUUCUCACCACAGCUGUUCCAUCUGAAGAACCAAAAAAAAAAAAAAAAUUACUCACUUAUCAUAAAAAGGAAGACAAAUGUUGGGUUCGUCGGAAUGGAGUAGUGGAUGCGAGUCAGGAUGGACUCUGUACUUAGACCACUCUGUUUCUUCUUCUCCAAGUCCUUCUUGUUUCCGAGACAUCAAUGGUUUUGAAUACAGAAGAAAAAGCAAUGAUUCAUGGAACCAAAGCUAUGUGCAUCAAGAAGAAGAGGAAGAUGAAGAAGAAGACGAUUUGUCCAUGAUUUCAGAUGCAUCUUCUGGUCCAAGGAACACUUCUGAGGAAGAAUCUGUGAAGAAGAUAAACAGUGUUGGUCCCAGGAAACAGAGUAAGAGAGACAAGAAAAGAAGAGAUUAUGAGAAAAUGAACUCUGUUCUUGACGAUACUGCUAGUUCUCAUAUGUUUCAGAGAAGUGUUGGUGGUAAUAAGAUAGAGCAAACCUUUCCAGAAAGUACAUUGGAUUACUCGCUAGGCUUCUCAGGAACUCACUUUCAGGAAAAAUCAGCAUUCAAAGAACAGUAUGGUUAUUUGCAUAUGGAAACCAGAUUCUAAAUAACCAGUCAAGUGGUUUUUUUUUUUGUUUAAUUUUUUUGCAGGUGGUUUUUAGUGUGAGGAUCAAAUGAAGAGCAGAUAUUUUGGACAUUUGUGAAAGCUUUUGUGGAUUCAAGUAAUGAUUUAAGUGAAUCUUAUAGUCCUUAUGGAAGAAUGGAAGGAGUUUCAUCCAAAAAAAAAAAAUUCCUAUAGAAGAAACACAAAAAUGAAGGUUCUAAAAUCUCCAGUGGCUCUGAUCUUUCCUCUUUUGCUUUGUAAUUCCGUCGCAGACGAGUUUUUACUUGUAGCCGCCCUUAUGUAACUCUUGGUUUACAACACUUCAAUUGCAAUUUUCUGUCAUAGUGUAACAAAAUUA